GCGGGCCGCGGUUGCCGCCCUCCGCGACCCGCGAGCGUGGCGCGCGCGGCGGCUGCAGAUGCCCGAGGGGGCCCUGGGCCGGCUCCGCCUGCUCCCGGCCACGCCCGAGGGAACUCCAGAGCGGCUCCGCGUGCUCUCGCGGCACGUGCUGGCGUCCCGAGCCUGCUCGGUAUCGGAGGUGGUGCCCUACGAGAAGGGGAAGCACUUUGGUAUCCUGGCCGAUUAUGAGUACCCCAUCAGGUAUUCGGAGGCGGGCCUCUUCUCCGAGGCGCAGAAGGGGUACGGGACGUGGGGCGAGCUUCUGAAGGUGCUCGGUGAGCAGUGCCCAUCGGACGAGGUUGUCCUCGCGGUCGAGAGGCCUCUCCCCAAGCCGGAGUCGCCAGGAGUUGCACCGUCGCUUCCUUGGAAA